AUAUAACCUCCAUGUCUCAUAGAGUGGAAGACGUACAAUUUCGUCAAAACUUAUAGCUUUUGAGAUAAUUUAAGUGCAUUUAUCUCUGCAUCUAAGAUCAAUCAUACUACGUUUAACUUUUAAAGAAAUGAGGCAACCGGGAAGGUACUCGGGAUUCAUGAUGCAUGGAGGCAUAUCUGGGAGGACUGGGCCCCACUCAUUACCCUUGGCGAGGAUCAAGAAGAUCAUGAAGAAGUCCGGGGAAGACGUGAAGAUGAUAUCUGGCGAGGCUCCAAUUGUGUUCUCAAAGGCAUGUGAGCUGUUCAUAGAGGAACUCACGCGGAGGUCUUGGAUGACAACCCUGGAAGGGAAGAGAAGGACACUGCACAAAGACGACGUUGCCUCGGCCGUCGUAGGCACCGAUAUCUUUGAUUUUCUUGUGAGUUUGGUUUCGGAUUCUUGCCAUUCUGAAGACAUCACGCCGGAGGAAAAGGAGGCAUUGGGGGGAUCAUAGUUCAUCUUUCUCUCAAAAUC